AUGAGAUCCAGCCCCGUCCUCCGUAACUCAAAUUUCAGUCGUCCUUUAAACGUUGCCACCGGAAACAUAAUUUGUAACUGUUGCACAUCAGAUCGGCGGAGGGAGGAGGAAGAAGAAGACAAGCACCGUGACAGAAUCAGUGAUCUUCCGGAUGAUAUAUUGCAUCUCAUACUCUCAUUCUUGCCUUUGAAAUCGGUUGCGCAGACCAGUGUCUUGGCUCGAAGAUGGAGUCAUAUAUGGUCUUCCUAUCCCAUCAUUGACUUCUACGAAAUUUUCACUGGUGAUGAAGUCCAUCACCAGAUAAAAGCAAUGAUCAUCGAAACAGUAUUGGCCGGCUGCAGGGAAAAGUUUGAUAUAAAGGUUUCUCGAGUUGAGAGCGCUCCCAACUCGAGAAACCUAGGCAAACAAGAAUGUCUAGGGUUGCCUAGGGUUGAAAAACUUGAACUCGACCUCUCCGUUCGUGAAAAAAGAGAUGAUUUGGCUCAAUGUAAACUGAAAUGCCACUCCUUAAGGAGUCUCGAAUAUAAACACAGUGGAUGUGGGAGUUCAUGGCUAGGGUUUCCCUCUUCUUACAUUGUUGGGUCUUUUUUCCGUACACUUCACAGUUUAUCUCUAAAUCAUAUAUAUUUCCUGGAUAGUGCUUUGGGUUUGGAGUUAUUUUCUGGUUCUUCAUUUUCUUCCCUUGAAAAAUUGAAAAUAGAGAAGUGUGGAGGAAUUAGUGAUCUCAAAAUUAGCUGCCCGAACCUGAAAGAUUUAGAAGUUUGGUUUCCGCUGAUGGAUUUUGAUAGCCUGGACAUCUCCGGAAUGAAACUAGAGGACUUGACAGUAGUCAUGUGUAAUGAUGGAAAUUGGUUUAACAUUUUUGCCCCGAAUCUACAAUCCUUUUAUUGGGAUUCUGGUGCCCUCACUGGAAAGUGUUCGAUUCAGAGCUUUCCUACACUCAAAGACUUGUAUAUUGGUUGGUCGCAUGACGUUGGAAAAUCUACGACCAUUUAUAAUAACGGUAUUGCCCUUCUUUCCAGUUCAUCCCAAGUUGAAUAUCUAGACAUAUUCUACGACUUUCUCCAGACUCUAUCAGAAAUUUAUUUUGAAUUCGGUGGUCUGCCGUUCUCAUUUAUGAAACUUAAGAACUUAUUAAUCGAUAUCGAGUUGGGAAAGCAACAGUUCCCAGGUGUAGCAUGUCUGUUGAAGAGCUCUCCUGUAGUCCAUGAGCUCACGAUUUAUUUUGAUGUUGAUGAAGGAAAACAUGAGUACUGGAACAACUCUUUGUUGGAUGAUGCCAAUUGCAGUGAAGAGCAAUACUGGGAAACUCAGGCUCAAUACAUGAGCCCCUUUCUUAGUCACCUAGAGGCUGUCGACAUUGACGUUGGAGAGCGAGAGACGAUCCCUGAGUGUGCAGAGAUUCGGCAACAAGAGGUUUUGUCUUCCAUGGUAGCAAGAGGUUUUGUCCUUCAUGAUUUUCAUGGCAGGCUCAUCUCUGCUGCAACUAAACAUGUUGGAAGAGCUUCAGUGCCUAUUGCAGAGGCGUUUGCAUUAUGGGUAGCCUGGUGA